CAUGAAACUUGACUAUGUGCUCCAGCAAGUUUUACUUCUCCCUGGUGCAGGGUGUUUGCCAGCAGCCUGCGAUCUCUCGGAAAUCAGACUCGAGUGCCUGGGACCCUUGAGAGCAAAGGCUUACCAUGCUACUCCCCAGGAGGGCCAGGCGCUGCUGACGCUACCACUGGACAGUUAUUCGUGGCUCUUAUAAUUACCAAAAAGAAUGGACAAGUUUAAUAAAAUAACUGUCCCAGCCAGUCAGAAGUUGAGGCAGCUUCAAAAGAUGGUCCACGAUAUUAAGAACAAUGAAGGUGGAAUAAUGAACAAAAUCAAAAAGCUGAAAGUCAAAGCACCUCCAAGUGUUCCUCAAAGGGAUUAUGCCUCAGGGAGCCCUGCUGAUGAAGAGGAGCAGUGGUCAGAUGACUUUGACAGCGACUAUGAAAACCCAGACGAGCACUCGGACUCAGAGAUGUACGUGCUGCCCGCCGAGGAGACUGGGGACGAUAGUUAUGAGCCGCCGCCCGCUGAGCAGGAGACGAGGACAGUUCAUCCAGCCCUGCCCUGCACCAGGGGCGAGUACAUAGACAAUCGAUCAAGCCAGAGGCAGUCUCCACCCUUCAGCAAGACCCUUCCCAGUAAGCCCAGCUGGCCUUCGGCAAAGGCGAGGCUGACCUCCACUCUGCCAGCUCCGACUUCUCUUCAGAGACCUCAAAUCCCACCCAAACCCAAAGAACUUCUCGAGGACGAGGCUGACUAUGUGGUCCCUGUGGAAGAUGAAGAUGAAAACUAUAUUCAUCCCACAGAAAGCAGUUCGCUCCCAUCCGAAAAAGCUCCCAUGGUGAAUAGAUCAAUCAAGCCAAAUAACUCCUCAAAGCCAGCCUCUUCUCCAGGGACAACUUCGGGUCGAAACAGUGGGGUCUGGGACUCUAAGUCAUCUUCUCUGCCCGCUGCGCCAUCCCCACUGCCCAGGGCCGGGAAAAAGCCAGCUACAUCACUGAAGACAACUCCAGUUGCCUCUCAACAGAAUGCCUCGAGUGUUUGUGAAGAAAAACCUAUACCUGCUGAACGCCACCGAGGGUCUAGUCACAGACAAGAAAAUAUGCCAUCACCUGUGUUUCCUCCUGCCCAGAAACAAAUUCAUCAAAAACCCAUACCUCUGCCAAGAUUUCCAGAAGGGGGAAGUCCAACCGUGGACGGCCCAUUACCUGGCUUUUCAUCUAAUUCUAAUUUGUCAGAACAGGAAGCUGACGUUCACUGUAAGCCAUGGUAUGCUGGUGCCUGUGAUCGAAAGUCUGCUGAAGAGGCACUAUACAGAUCAAACAAGGAUGGAUCAUUUCUUAUUCGGAAAAGCUCUGGCCAUGAUUCCAAACAGCCAUAUACACUAGUUGUAUUCUUUAAUAAGCGAGUAUAUAAUAUCCCUGUGCGAUUUAUUGAAGCAACAAAACAGUAUGCUUUGGGCAGGAAGAAAAAUGGUGAAGAGUACUUUGGAAGUGUUGCUGAAAUUAUCAAGAAUCAUCAACAUAGUCCCCUGGUUCUUAUCGACAGUCAAAAUAACACAAAAGAUUCCACAAGACUGAAAUACGCAGUUAAAGUUUCAUAAAUUAAAAAAAAAAGUCAACAUCAUUGCUUCAGACAUUUCCCCUAUUUCUACUUUUGAGAAAAAGUCCCAAAACUUCAUAUUUUGGAUUAUGAGCCAUCCAGUAAUAAAACAGAAGAUGGAGGCAGCUAUUGAGGUGGUCAUCCAUUUCUUUACAAGAAGCUCAGACGAACUUGUUCUAUUGCCUGACCUGAUGAACUGUUAAUAUCUGGUGAGGUUGACUCAUCAUGCUACUAAUCUCCAAAUAAAUGUCUUUAUUUAAAGUAAACAAGUGUAAAGCAUUUUCAGUCAUGUAAAAAAAUAGGACUCUAUUUUCUAAAUGAGAAAAGAAUACUCCUGGAGAAAAAAAAGCUGCUAGAAAUUUAAGCCACCACAAUGGUCACUGGUGCACUAAUGUAACUAGGAUGUCUACUGUCAAUGCUUGACAAUUAUGUCUUGGUUAAAAUUUUAAUGUCUAGAAAAUAAAAGAUAGGUAAUGUAUGAUGUUUAUAAGUACAGAUAAGAGGGAUGUAAUGGUUCCUUUUUGUGAGUGCUCCCAACCACGGGAGAUGUAUAGAGAUAUGAAUUUUCCAGAAGUUUUUGUCCAUGAUUAUGUUGUUAGCUUUGCUUAUUAAAUAAAAUUAUACCCUCUUUGA